CCAAAUUGUAGAGACCUUCCUAUAAGUCUUUAAAAAUCUUAACAAAUUAUUAUACUCGGUGCACGGUGUUGAAUCGGGUGUAAUAAUAUAGUUGUUUUUCAUCUUAUACAAAAGAAAAACAAAUAAGUAAAUCGUUUGGAAAAUGGAGUUUUCAGCUCCAGAAUAUAAUGCAGAUAUUGCAAUGGAUACGAUAGAAGAAGAUGCAAAUAAGAUGACUCCGAUGAAAUUAUUUUUCAAAGACAAAUCAGUAUUUUUGACUGGUGGAACAGGAUUUUUGGGACAACUUUAUGUUGAGAAAUUGUUGAGAUGCGACGUCAAACACAUCUACCUUUUAGGACGAGCAAGAAAAGGCAAGAGCGCUGAAGAACGUCUUAAAAACACAUUCACUGGAAUGCAUUUUAUUAAAUUAUUCCUUCAUGAUAAAAAUUAUCUUGACCGAGUUUCAAUAAUAGAAGGAGACAUGGGCAAAUUGAAUAUGGGAAUAUCAGAAUCUGAUGAAAAAGAACUUAUUGAAAAUGUACAGAUUGUGAUCCAUGCUGCUGCCGAUGUACGAUUUGAUGAGAAAUUAAAAACACUUCUUUUGGUUAAUUUACGUGGAACUCGUGAAAUUCUGGAACUUACAUCAAAAAUGAAGAAAAUUCAAGUAUUCACAUUCAUCUCAACUGCAUUCAGCCAUUGUGUAAGGACUUAUGUUGAAGAAAAGUUCUAUGAUUCCCCAAUAGAUCCAGAAAUUAUGAUAAGACUUGGUGAAGAAUUCAGCAAUAAUUCCAGUGAGGAAUUAGAAGUUUUAACGGAACGCAUUAUCAAACCCUGGCCCAAUACUUACACCUAUACAAAAUCACUUACUGAAGAAUUGGUUAGGCGUUAUGGCACUAAGAUUCCAAUUUGUAUCAUGAGACCGUCCAUUGUGAUUUCAACACACGAGGACCCAGUUCCCGCGUGGUGUAAUAACAUUUACGGAUUGAAUGGAAUUCUAGUAGCUUGUGGACUUGGAGUCUUGAGAUUGCUUCCAAUUCAAGAUAAUAAUAUCGGAGAUGUUGUGUGUGCUGAUUUUGUUAUCAAUUCAACAUUAGCUGCUUUAUGGACAACUCAUGAGGAACAUGAAGAGAAAAAGAAACUGAACAACCAAGUGGAGAAGGAUCCUGAAAUUUAUCAUGUUUGUACAUCGACUGAUCGGCCUGUUUCUUGGGGAACUAUAGCUGAGAGUAUGGGUAACCUAUUCAAGCAAUACCCGGCUAAGAAGGUUCUUUGGAAGCACACACACAACAUUGUUACCAAUAAGUUUAUGUUUACUUACCUGACAAUCUGGUACCAUGUUAUACCAGGUCUCAUCACAGAUCUUGCACUUAAAAUUGCUAAAAAGCCUCUGAGAGUUAUGCCGAUCUAUCGAAAAGUCCAGCGUUUUAUGGUUGCCCUAUCGUUCUUUAUGAAAGUUGAUUGGCGUUUUGACACAACCAAUAUGAAACGUAUUAUACAAAGAAUGACACCUGAAGAUAGAGAUUUCUUUCCAAGUGACGUCAGACGAUACAGUUGGUCGGCAUUUUUGUAUGAUUAUCUAAAUGGCUUGAAAAUUUACAUUGGACUUGAAUCGCUUGAUGAUGCAGAAAAGGCGAAGAAGAAAUACAAGAGACUAGAAAUUAUGCAUUUGUUUAUUCUAUGUGCGUAUUAUGGUUUUCAUAUUUUAAUAGUUACACUAUUAGCUGAUAAAAUAGGAGUUUUUUCAUACAUUAAAAAUAGUCUAAUUGAAAAUUAUGAAUUUUUGAAAAAUCCACAAUUGGUGACGAAAUGAGAUUUGAAAAAAUACGAGUUGCCAUUGUAGGCACUUAGUUUAUUAGUGUUAAGAUUUAAUAAUUUUUUUUUGU